UUUAGUAAAUUCGCGCUUCCGCUUUAACGCCUGGCAGUCCAAACUCAGGGAUUCAAGUUUGACGCUACCUGUGACGUCACCAACGAGCGACCAUACCCUUUCACAUGGUAGCAUGCUAAAGUUGUGACUUCUCCUCGCCAAGUAUGGGCAGCCUGUGGUCUGAGGGCCACUCCUCCUCCAUCCUCUGUGUCGGUGCGUCUCCGGGCCCAGAGGGCCUGAUCGCUUCUGGUGCCGAGGGCGGAGAGGUGACGGUGUGGACUCAAGAGGGCGCCGUGGUCGGGCGUCUGGCUCUCCCCGGACAGGAGGACGUCACCAGCGCAGCGUUCUCACCCGCAGCCUCCGCCCACCUGUACGUGUCGCACGGAGACGGGGUGAGCGUGUUCGACCCCCGGAACCUCAAGGGCCCGGUGGAGGAUUUCCGCAGUGCAGGGGAGGAGGAGAUUAAUGCUGUAGCUCUGAAUGAGACUGGCUCAAACGUGGCCGUGGCCGACGACUCUGGGGCGGUGAGGAUACUCGAGAUUCCAGGUGGGAAAGUGUGCCGGAGUCUCCGCAGACACACAAACAUCUGCUCCUCCGUGGCUUUCCGACCUCACAGACCCAAUAACCUCGUCUCUGUGGGACUGGACAUGCAGGUGAUUCUGUGGGGUCUGCAGAAGAACCGCCCACUGUGGACUCUCAACCUGCAGGACGCGGCAGAAGAAGCGGGCGACCAGCAGCGGCCGGGCCAGCUCUUCAACCCCCCUCUGGCUCACUGCGUUUCAGUGUCGGGCUGCGGCAACGUUUUGGGCUGCGCCGCCGAGGACGGCCGGGUCCACUUGAUGCGGAUCGGCGGCGGCUCCAAACUGGAGCAGCACGGAGCCGUCAAGGCUCACACUCAGGGAGCCUCCCAGGCCCAUUUCAUCAGCUUCCUCUCCCACCCUCACUGGAUGGUCACCGGGGGAAACGACGGCCUCGUGGCCCUCUGGGACCUCAGCAAGCACCCGGUGGUAAAUCCAGAGGGAAAAACACAAACGACGGCUCCUCAGCGCCGCAAAGGUAAGAGCAGCAGGAGGAGAAGAGAGCAGGCUCAGGAGAAGUCGAAGCAGAAGUCGGACGAGGAGGACGAAGCAGCUGCGAAGGACCAGGAGUCGCCGAUGGAGGAGGAGACGACGUCUGGACCCAAACUGAGCAUCAGUCACGGGGACAAGGUGAACUGGCUGUGCCCCGCUGUGCUGAAAGGAGAACCAAGCGUGAUAGUUGCAGAUCAGAGCACCAAUCUGACCGUCUACCCUCUGUCUCAGCUUUAGGUUCAAGCACACUACUUUUUCUUCUGUUGAUAAAAGAAAUUAACAUUUUAUUUGGUGAAUUUUUUUUUUUUUUUUCCUCUCCAAAUUUUAUUUGACUUUCGGGUCGCUCUUCAUUUAUUUGUUUCUGUGUCUUUAAAACUAGACGCAAACAUUUAUAUAUAGCUUCAAUAUGCGUUGUGCUUUUUUGCAUGUGUGUGGGCUCCUUUGAAAUAAACUCAUUGAAAUAAA